AUGAGCAACGGUAACAAAGACGACAAAGGCUGGGUGUUUUAUCAUUUGCUUGGUCGUAGAAAGGUCCCCUGCAAUAAGAUAAAAAAUUGUAAAAAUGGUGGAAAAACAGUCAUUCAUCUGAAUGAUGGACCUGGAUCAGAUCCCUACAAGUGUAAAUGUCCAAAGCAAUACGAAGGAGAAUUUUGUGAAAAACUUCCAAAUCCUUUCUCUAAGUCAAAAAUAUUAUCUGGAGAAGUUUACGAGCAUCAACAAUUGUUACAAACAUGGAUCGUGGGAAGUGAUUCCGCAGAGCUUUGUUGGCGAGCAAGUAGAGACGGAUGGGAUGCAGCUACCUUCCACACAAGAUGUGAUAACAAGAAACCAACUGUGACUUUCAUAAAAGUUGGUCAAUAUGUCUUUGGUUUCUACGUUACCGAGUCCUGGGAUGGAAGUGGCUACAAACAAGCUCCGGGUUCUUUUAUUUUCUCUUUACGCAACAAGGAGAGCCUAGCGGCUUUUAAAGCUCCAUUGAAAUACGAAAAUAGUAAAAACGCAAUGUAUCCUUUUUACAUGUAUGGACCAGCAGUAGGAGGAGGCCAUGAUAUUUACAUCGCCGACAACGCUCAUUCUUCUACCUCUUCGUACACUAACUUCGGGAGCAGUUAUGAACCUCCACACUACGUCAAUGACAGAAAGACCAUCCUGGCAGGAGCCCGCAAAUUCUCUCCUUCUGAAGUGGAAGUGUUUUAUCUUCCAUGA